AUGGCAACAGACCAAGUCGCCGCGCUGGUGUCGUACCCAGCCGAUCCCACCAAGCCCACGCCGGACUGGCGGUUCGAGAAGAUCAAGGUGUCCCGACCACCCAAGGAACACGAGCUCAAGAUCCGCAUGGUGGCGACGGGCAUCUGCCACACGGAUAUCCUGGUGGCGUCGAUCCCCGGCGAGCAGAUGGGGCUUAAGUUCCCGCGUGUGCUGGGCCACGAGGGCGCCGGGGUGGUCGAGGAGGUCGGCCCCGGAGUGACGGUCGCGCGCGUCGGCGACCCGGUCCUGCUGUCCUACAGCUACUGCGACGCCUGCGACCUGUGCAAGAGCAGUGAGCAGCCGUACUGCGCGGCGUGGCCGCUGCUCAACAUCGUCGGCGACGCGACCGUCUUCCAGACGGGUGCGGGCGCAGAAGUGCCCGGUAAGUUCUUCGGGCAAUCGAGCUUCGCGGCGACGAGCAUCGUCGGUGAGGCUAGCGUGGUCAAUGUCCGCGAUCUGCUCGGGGGCGGCGGUGGCGGCGGCCACGAGGACUUGAAGGUGCUGGCCCCACUGGGGUGCGGCUUGAUGACCGGGUCCGGGGCCAUCGUGAACGGCGCGGCCGCCAAACCGCACGAUGUCGUACUGGUCACGGGGAUCGGCGCCGUCGGGCUGGGCGCCAUCAUGGCGGCCAAGAUCGCGGGGUGUAAAGAAAUCGUCGCCGUCGACCGGGUGGCGCGGCGGCUCGAGAUUGCCAAAGAGCUGGGCGCCACAAAGGUGCUCGACACGUCGACCAUUCCCAGCGGCGGCAGUAUCGCAGAGAGCGUGCAGCAGCUGGUCGCGAACCAGCGCAUCUCCAUCGUCAUCGAGACGACGGGCGCCGUCCCCGUCGUGGAGGAUUGCAUGAAGGCGCUGGGCCGACGCGGCCGCUUCAUCCAGCUCGGCGUCCCCAGGCCAGACGCACAAGUCACCCUCCCGGUCGGCGAGUUUUUCAGCUCCAACAAGUCGUACGAGUGCCACUACCUGGGCAACACGACAGGCCAGGCCUGGAUCCCCGUCAUGAUCCAGUGGUGGCGCGAGGGCAAAUUCCCCAUCGAGAAGAUCGUCAAGCAAUUCCCGGCAGAGGAUGCGCUGCAGGCCUUACACGGCAUGGAGGACGGGAGCGUCAUUAAACCUGUUCUCAUCUGGUAG